AUUUAAAAAUCAGACAUCAAAAUGGGGUUCAUGAGCGGAAAGUCAAACACAGACGCCAUAGAGCGGUACGAUGGCAAUGCAAAUGCCGUCGACGCUGGCAACGGCGGCGAGAAGGCUCUCAGAGCCGACAAUGAGCCCACAACCCAAAACAAUACCAUCGACAACAGCAGCGACGUGUCUGCCGAACCUACUACUAAAAAGCACAUGAAGACAUACAUGGGACUUUCUGGCCGCAAACUCAACAUUGCAAUCUCCGUCGUUGCGACGAAUGGAUUUUUGCUCUUCGGGUUCGACCAAGGUGUGAUGAGUGGGAUCAUCACAGACCCGGUCUUCAACGAUUAUUUCCCAGCGACAAAAGAUAAUUCUACGGUACAAGGCAUCACGACUGGAAUUUACGAGAUCGGCUGCCUUCUUGGCGCUGUCUUCAUUCUCAUUUUCGGCGAGUGGCUGGGCCGUCGCCGAGCCUGUAUCACAGGUGGAUGGGUUAUGAUUCUCGGGGUCAUCAUCCAGGUCGCCUCGAUGACUGGAUCUAUGCCAUUUGUUCAAUUCAUGGUCGGACGAACGAUUACCGGUGUCGGAAACGGCAUCAACACAUCGACAAUUCCCACAUACCAGGCCGAAUGCUCCAAGUCAUCGAACCGUGGUCUCCUGAUCUGUAUCGAGGGCGCUACGAUCGCGUUCGGAACUAUGAUUGCUUAUUGGAUCAAUUACGGCUCUCAGUUCUCCGAUAACGAGAGUGUUCACUGGAGAUGGCCCAUCGCUUUCCAGAUUGUAUUUGGUCUCUUCCUCUCCGUUGUCAUGGUAUUCCUUCCGGAAUCUCCCAGAUGGCUGCUCAGCCGUGAGCGGUACGAGGAGGGCGAAAGUGUCCUCGCCUCUCUCCAUGGCAAGGACACUCAUCACCCCGAGGUCCAGGCACAGAAGGCUGUCAUCCUCGACUCGAUCCGCGCAGCUGGCAAGGGCGCGAGCUUCUCCAGUCUAUUCACUGGUGGAAAAUCACAGCAUACGCGUCGCAUGUUGGUUGGAUCUUCUGCGCAAUUGUUCCAGCAAAUCGGUGGUUGUAAUGCGGUGAUUUACUAUCUCCCCGUGUUACUGGAGGAGUCUCUCGGCCAGACCCGCAAUAUCUCCCUCGUCGUAGCAGCUGUAAACGCGACGUGCUACGCCGCCUUCUCGACGACAUCUUGGUUCCUGAUCGAGCGUGUGGGCCGCCGUGCUCUUUUCCUAUGGGGUACAGUUGGCCAGUGCCUCGCCAUGGUUAUCACAUUCGCGACUCUCAUCCCUUCCGGAAUAAAAAAUCAAGACACCACCCCCGAAGCUAAGCAAGCUGCCAAGGGAGGCGUAUUCGGUCUGUUCCUGUUCAUCAUCGUUUUCGGGGCCACCUGGCUUCCACUGCCAUGGCUGUAUCCCGCUGAGGUCAACCCCAUCAAGACCCGCGGAAGGGCGAAUGCGAUCUCGACCUGCACGAACUGGUUGUUCAACUUCGUCGUGGUCAUGGUUACUCCGAUCAUGGUUUCGAACAUUGGAUGGGCGACAUACCUCGUCUUUGCCAUUAUCAAUGCCUGCUUUCUGCCCGUCAUCUUCUUCUUCUACCCCGAGACUCAAGGACGCUCGUUGGAGGAGAUUGAUAUCAUCUUCGCUAAGGGAUAUAUCGAAAAGAUUACCUAUGUUAAGGCAUCGCAUGAGCUACCGAUGCUUGAUGAUGCGGGAGUUGGGGAGUAUGCAAGGCGGUAUGAUCUCGGAGUGGAUAGCAACGACGACUUCAACAUCGAUAGACGCGUUAGCAGAGAUGGGGAGAAUAAGGCGGCAAUGCAAGGCGUUGCUUAGAUUUGCUUUUGACGCGUCAUAAAUAGUUUUAGAAUAGUUAUAGAUCCGCUCUUAGAAACUAGAAG